UUAUUUUGACUAUUUAUUUAUUUUUUAUGGUUGAUCAUAUCCGUUAUUCGCAUGUGACUGUACUUUUGAUUUCUUACAGGGUCGUAUUGAUUACAUUUUUCUGGUGCGUGGCCAACAGUAUCUGACAGAGUUGAGGGACAAGAUCUCAUGUGUUUGCGAUCUUGAAGUCCUUGAGGAUUGCAGUGAAAAUCCAGAUAAUAUACCGAAUACUACAAGAAAGGUAGGGGGAACGUUUUAUAACGACACGCUAAUGUUCAUUCUUAACUCAACUGAUGAAGUGGGCCCGUUUAAAAAGGCGAAAAUGCAAGAGACGAAGUUCAUAGAUCUCACUUUAAGACUUGGUCAGUUUUAUGUGUAUAAACAUCAAGGCGACUGCGAGCAUUUGAUGUUAUUCUCAGAUCUCAGGGCCUUACACGCCGAUAGCCCGCAAAACAUUGCAGAAUACCCUAUCUCACUGUCUCGCAAAUCCAGGAAACGUACAGUUUGUGUUGCUUGUCAGAAUUUGACCGCUGGAUGGAUAGUACAAGAUGGCGAUCGAAUGCCAGGGCCAAUUGUUCAUAUGUGCGACAGAUGCUUUCGCGAAUUCAACUAUGACAAAGACGGGAAGAAAAUCGGAAAUUUCAGAGCUGUUCCUUAUGCAGAUCGAACCACGUUUCUUUGA